AUGGCCGGUAAGCCCCGCAGCGGCUGCGAGGCGCUCCGGGUGGUGGCCCGGUGCCGGCCCAUGAGCCGGCGGGAGGAGGCGGCGGGAUACGAGCGCGUCCUGGAGCUGGACGUGAAGCUGGGCCAGGUGAGCAUCCGCAACCCCCGCGCCGCCCCCGGGGAGCUGCCCAAGACCUUCACGUUCGACGCUGUGUACGACGCCAGCUCCAAGCAGGCCGACCUCUACGACGAGACGGUGCGGCCGCUCAUCGACUCGGUGCUGCAGGGCUUCAACGGCACCGUCUUCGCCUAUGGCCAGACCGGCACCGGCAAGACCUACACCAUGCAGGGCGCCUGGGCGGAGCCGGAGAAGCGCGGCAUCAUCCCCAGCGCCUUCGAACACAUCUUCACCCACAUCUCCCGCUCGCAGAACCAGCAGUACCUGGUGAGGGCCUCGUACCUGGAGAUCUACCAGGAGGAGAUCAGGGACCUCCUCGCCAAGGACCAGAGCAAGAAGCUGGAGCUGAAGGAAAAUCCCGAGACCGGGGUGUACAUCAAAGACCUUUCCUCCUUCGUGACCAAGAACGUCAAGGAGAUUGAGCACGUGAUGAACCUGGGCAGCCAAACGCGCUCCGUGGGCAGCACCAACAUGAACGAGCACAGCUCGCGCUCCCAUGCCAUCUUCCUGAUCACCAUCGAGUGCAGCGAGACGGGGCCGGACGGCGAGGAGCACAUCCGCGUGGGCAAGCUCAACCUCGUGGACCUGGCCGGCAGCGAGCGCCAAAACAAAAUGGGGGCCCACGGAGAGCGCCCCAAGGAAGCCUCCAAGAUUAACCUCUCCCUCUCGGCCCUGGGCAACGUCAUCUCGGCGCUGGUGGACGGCCGGAGCACGCACAUCCCCUACCGGGACUCCAAGCUCACCCGCCUGCUGCAGGACUCCCUUGGGGGCAAUGCCAAGACAAUUAUGGUGGCCACCUUGGGCCCGGCCUCCCACAGCUACGACGAGAGCCUCUCCACCCUCAGGUUUGCCAACAGGGCCAAGAACAUCAAGAACAAGCCCCGGGUGAACGAGGACCCCAAGGACACCUUGCUGCGUGAGUUUCAGGAGGAGAUCGUCCGGCUGAAAGCCCAGCUGGAGAAACGUGGGAUGCUGGGGAAGAAGAGGAGAAGGAGCAGCCGGAGGAAGAAGGCAAUGGAUGGAGAGGGCACCGUGGACAAUGAAGGGGAGGAUGAGAAUGAGGAUGGCCUGGAGAAGAACAUGGAGAAUUACUUGAAGGAGCAGAAGGAGAGGCUGGAAGAGGAGAAAGCCGCUAUCCAGGAUGACCACAGCCUGGUGAGUGAGGAGAAGCAGAAGCUGCUCCAGGAGAAGGAGAAGAUGAUAGAGCACCUGCGGAGGGAGCAGGAGGCCACGGAGCUGUUGGCCAUCAAGUACAAGGCCAUGGAGAGCAAGCUGCUCAUCGGGGGCAGGACCAUCGUGGACCACACCAACGAGCAGCAGAAGAUGCUGGAGCUGAGGCGGCAAGAAAUCGCCGAGCAGAAACGCCGGGAGCGCGAGAUGCAGCAGGAGAUGCUGCUGAGGGACGAGGAGACCAUGGAGCUGCGGGAGACCUUUACGUCCCUGCAGCAGGAGGUGGAGAUCAAAACCAAGAAGCUGAAGAAGCUCUACGCCAAGCUCCAGGCUGUGAAGGCCGAGAUCCAGGACCAGCACGACGAGUACAUCCGUGUGCGCCAGGACCUGGAGGAGGCCCAGAACGAGCAGACGAGGGAGCUGAAGCUCAAGUACUUGAUCAUCGAGAACUUCAUCCCUCCUGAGGAGAAGAACAAGAUCAUGAACCGCCUGUACUUCGACAGUGAUGAGGAUCAGUGGAAAUUCCAGCCGCUGGUUCCCACCGGAGGGAACAGCUCCCAGAUGAAGAGGCGACCGACUUCCGCCGUGGGCUACAAGAGACCCAUCAGCCAGUACGCACGGGUGGCCAUGGCCAGGAGAUCCCACCCCCGCUUCCGGGCUGAGAACAUCAUGUUCCUGGAGCUGGACCUGUCCCCCCCGGCCAUCUUUGAGUUUGAGCGCAGCAGGGACCUGGCGGAGCAGGACCCGCGGGCGCUGCACCUGGAGAGGCUGAUGCACCUGGACAGCCUCCUGGAGCGGCCGGCGGCCUCCCGCGUGCGCAAGUCCCGCUCCUGGUGCCAGACGCCGCGGUCGCUGCCGUCCUCCACCACCCACGUGUCCCUCGCCUCCGGCUCCCCGUGCUCCGCCCCAGUGCCGGCCCAGGAGUGACGGCCCGGACGUCCCG